ACUUUAUCAUCGCAACAACGUUUUAACUAACGUGUGUUUACCGCUGCUAAUCAAGAUUUACUUGCUUUGUUUACGGAGACAACAAAAUGGCAUCGCAUGAUAGUUUUGAUAUCGAACGACUUUAUAAGUUGUUCCAUAGCUGUAUAAAAGAUGACGACACGAUUGAUAUGGACGAAUAUGUGAAUGCAUACGAAGAAUUAUCAAAGUUGUUUGGUAUUCUUGGUUCCGUGUUCAGCUUUGUGAACUCCGAUGUUGUAGAAAAGGUUGGAAUUUUACGAGACUAUAGAAAAUCUCCUGAGGCUGCAGAUUACGAAACAUUUGAGAAAAUGAUAAAGUAUGAAGUGGCCAAUAAGAUCACAGAUAAUAAAAAGAAAGCAUCAGGAUCUAGAACAUUAUUACGACUUCACCGUGCUCUAGAAUUUACAUCACGUUUAAUGCAUGACGUUAAAGCAGCCGAUGAACAUGGGAAGAUGUCCCACAUUACAAAGGAGGCUUAUGAUGCAACAUUGUCUAAACAUCACCCAUGGUUGAUACGAAAGGGGGUCCAUGUAGCUGUUUAUACUCUGCCAACUAGGAAGCAUUUUAUAGAGAAAUUACAGGCCAAGGACCCAGUCCAAGGGUUGGAGUACUUAGGAAAGACUGCUGAUAUUCAGCAGAGGAUAUUUGAUGUAACAGAGGCUAUAUACACAAGAGAAAAUCUACAUGGACUACCUUAAUACAGAACAUUUUUUAGUUUCUUUACAUUAAAUUUUUACUGUUUUUUUCAGAGAUUUUUAUCCUUUAGGUUUGUAAUUUUCUCCUAGUAUGUACUGUAAAAAUGUUUUUGUUCUUGGAAUCAAUAUUUAAGCUUAUUGUGAUAUAAUUUGUAUGUUUAUUAUUUAAUACUAACUUUUUGCAAAUAAAUCUUGUAUAAAUACUGCACUCUAGCAUGUCUAGGUGCUCAAGUUACAGCAUAUAUCUAAUGUCAGAUGUCUAAUAUGUAAUAAACAAAACUAAGUACUAAUAGCUUAAACAAGACAUAUCAAAACCAAUAAACAUGCUUUUAUAGUUAUAGAAGUAUUUGACUUUUAAAUGUAUGUAUACGUAAUACAAUAUUCUUUGGGACCAUCUAUUGCAUCAUAAUAAUUGUUCUUUUUAUAGAUCUAUAAACUUAGUAUUUUGUUUUUGUCCUCUCAGAGACUGUAAUUCCUCAAUGUAUAGAUCAUCUUCAUGUUAUUUUCCAGUCAACUUUCUAAAUU